UCCAGCACUAACCUGCACCCCCGCAGCCCUGCACAUUUUUUUUAUUUUUUUUAGCCAUAGCUAAAAUGUUGUAGCUCUGUAAAUGGACGCCAGAAAGUACAAGGCAAACAUUUGCGAACAAAUUAAAGUUACUUGCAUUGUCCACCAGCAAAAUGGGCGAGUUCUUCAAGUCGCUCAACUUCAACUAUUUCUCCUCCAGCGAAGGGGCUCCAUCUGCCAACGGGGCUGUAGGAGGCGGACCAGCAGGUGCCCUCGGUGGCAGUCUGGACAACGACUUCGUGGGCCAUGUCGUCGAGGUGGCUGGCCACAGACUGCGCAUCAAGUGUGUUAUCGCGGAAGGCGGAUACGCCUUUGUGUACGUCGCCCAAGAUGUGCAAAUUGGAACCGAGUACGCCCUCAAGCGGCUGCUCGGGGCUGAUCAGCAGGCCUGCACUGCCAUCAUCAACGAGAUCGGGAUCCACAAGCAGGUCUCGGGCCACGGAAACAUUGUCGCUUUUUUGGGCUCCAGUUAUACUGCGCCGACAUCGCAACUCGGGCCACAGUACCUGCUACUCACAGAACUGUGCAAAGGCGGGUCCUUGGUUGACUGCUUUAAAACAAACAAAGCUUCCAUCGAACCAUCCUUGGUGCUGCGGAUCUUCUACCAAAUGUCGCGUGCCGUGGCCUGCCUGCACUCACAGUCGACGCCAAUUGCUCACCGGGACAUAAAGAUCGAGAAUUUUUUAAUUGGUAACGACAAGCAGAUCAAGUUGUGCGACUUCGGCUCUGCCAGCAAAGAGGUGCUCUCACCUACGUUUGAGUGGAGCGCCAACCAGCGAAGCAUGCUAGAGGAUCAGCUAAAUACCGUGACCACCCCAAUGUACCGGGCUCCCGAGAUGCUCGACACUUGGUCCAAUAACCCAAUCGGUCCAAAAGCGGACAUCUGGGCUCUCGGCUGCAUUCUCUACUUCUUGUGCUACCGCAGACAUCCCUAUGAGGAUGGCGGCAAACUACGAAUCAUCAACGCCAAUUAUAUACUUCCUCCGGAUCCUCAGUACCAAUGCUUCCGCGAUAUCAUUAGAGGAUGUUUCAAAGUGAACCCGGUCGAGCGCCUAGACAUCGACAUGGUGCUCGAACGCCUAGCAGCAAUCGCGGAGACAAACAACUGGUCAUUAAAAGGACCUGUAGACCUGCAGGGAAUUCCUAUCGAAUCCAUACCGACUGAGAGUCCCGCUCGAAAAAGUUCUGUUCAAACGGAGUUUUGCAACGAAACGUCUAAUAUGACUCCUCAUCCAGCGUCCCCAGCCACGGUCACUCCCAGCUCCAGUAAUGGACACGGAAGACUUCUGUCGUCGCUGCGUGGCGGCGCUGGAACAUUGUUUAAAAACAUAAAGGACACAUCCACCAAAGUAAUGCAGACAAUGCAGCAAUCGAUCGCCCGUAACGAUCUCGACAUCAGCCACAUCACCUCUCGUAUCCUGGCUAUGCCCUGCCCAUCUGAUGGAUUUGAAUCGGCGUAUAAGACGAAUAACAUCGAAGAUGUUCGCUUAUCUCUGGAGAGUCGGUUUGAUCCAAACAAAAUAAGCAUUUACAACUUUGGCCAAAGAACAGUGGCGCGACUACCACCACCCGUGCGGACGGUUGAGGCAGGUUUCGUUUAUGGAUGCCCGCAAGCCCAUGCUCCCAAUUUGCAGGGUCUAUUUACCGUCUCAGCAGACAUGUACAAUUUUCUUAACGCGGAUCCAAAAUCGAUUGUGAUUGUGCAGACCGGAGACUCUGGUGGGUGUACUGCCGCCACCGUCAUCUGUGCAUUACUUAUGUACGCAGAUUUGCUGCAGGAGCCGGAAGACGCUGUGCAGGUUUUCGCCGUUAAGCGCCACACCAUUAACCUGCGUCCCUCUGAGUUCCGCUACCUGUACUACUUUGGUGACAUCCUUCGGCCUACGCCCCUGCUGCCACACUACAAGAACACAAGCCUUGUGUCGCUCUGUUGCCAGCCCGUUCCCAGAAUGACCAAGGUGCGCGACGGUUGCCGGAUUUAUAUGGAAGUCUACUGUAACGAGACCUUGUUGCUUAGCACACUGCAGGACUAUGAAAAAAUGCGGUUCCAUAAAGCAGGCCUGGGAAAAAUAGUGCUGCCAAUCAAUUUAACUGUCUGCGGUGAUGUGACUGUGGUGCUGUACCAUGCCCGGAAGGGAAUGGUGCGACCACAAGGUCUUAAGAUAUGCCAGUUUCAAAUAAACACGGGGUUCAUCCCCGAACCAGAAACGCUGAUAACGUUCAAGAACCAAGACCUGGACGACCUUCCGGAUCCUGAGCAAGUGCCCGCAACAUUCUGCGUAUCGCUUUCGCUGGCUGUCACUGACUCGGAAAUCCUUCCCAGCCAUAAGCCGCCAUGGAUACCAGCUAAGCCCAUGCGAUCGCCAGCCACUUUGUUUAGCUCGGACCUGGAGUUCGCAGAAAUGCUGGACAAUUUCGUUACCAAGCCCACGCUCCCAUCGCCACCGCCUGCGCCUCGGAAGAGUGAUUACUCGAGCUCUCCGCUCGUGUUGCCCGAUGUCACAGAGAUUGCCCAUGAACCUCCGACGCCUGUGGCAGAGCCUUUUCCGCCUAUCGACUUGCUGAACCUCAAUCAGCAGCCUAGUGACGUACCAGCAGCUGAUCCCUUGACCAGCGCCAAGCCGAGCACAGAUGCCAGCUUUGACUUGUUGGGAGCCUUUGGCGAUGAUGACUCGACGGGCAUAGGAUCAGCGCCAAUUCCAGACAUACUUCCACCAUCGUCAGUGCAGAACCCCCUGCCGAGAAUCAGUACUGACCCGUUCGACAUAUUUGGCUCUGAGAACCAGGGCUUUACGCCCUGCAUAAAUAAGUUGGCCGGACCAGAACUUCCACCUUUUGUUGGCUCCUUGCCAAAUUUUGUUACUAAGCCAGCGGUCGCCAAAACUGAUUGCUCACCAACCCAGCCGCCCAAGGUAUCUCAAGAUCCAUUCGCGGACAUCGCCAACUUGGCUUCAGGACUCAACAUAAACUUCAACCGCAGCACCCUGAGUGGAAAGUCUCCUGCUGGCAGCAGUCCCCUUCCGACGCAAUUCUCUAGCCCCACUCACCGGACGUCCACAUCCUCGAGACCCCAAGAGACGUUUAAUCAGACACUUCCACAACAGCAGUGUCAGCCUAUGGGAUCUGCUAGGCCAUCGCCGCAGCCCCAGUCGGUACCUGCUCAAUCGCGACCUGACUACAGUCGAGUCCACUUCGAUGCACAGAAGCCAGCGCAGCAUGCUGGUGCUGGUGAAACCAAAAGCUCCGACAUAUUUGCAGACAUUCUAGGCCAACAAGGCUACUCAUUCGGCAGCAAAAUGAGUCAAGGUCCCCGGUCCAUCAAUGAAAUGCGAAAGGAAGAUUUGGUGAAGGAUAUGGAUCCCAAGAAAGUGCGGAUUAUGGAAUGGACCGAUGGUAAGAAAAACAACAUCCGUGCGCUUCUGUGCUCCAUGCACACAGUGUUAUGGGACAACGCAAAGUGGCAGCCGUGCCAGAUGUCCACCAUGGUGACCCCGAUUGAGGUGAAGAAGGCAUACCGUCGCGCAUGUCUAGCAGUGCAUCCUGACAAGCACAAUGGGACAGAGAACGAGGAGAUUGCCAAGCUCAUCUUUAUGGAACUGAACAAUGCAUGGACAGAUUUUGAAAACGAUGCCACGCAACAAAAUAUGUUCAAUGCGUAAAACGCGUGUUAUACCUAUGUAUUUAAAGCAGUUAGCCCUAAUUAUCGUACUGUUAGCGGAAUCUAGAGUAAAUUCAUCAGUUUUAGCUUUAAUAUGUAAUGUUAAAUUAUUGGCUAGUGUCACCAACUACGCAGGCAAAUUAGUAUAGCCUUAUUACCCCCUUUGAAAUUCUCAACACUUAAAGACAAUGAACUUAAUUUGUGCACAAGCAAAGCAAAUCCCAACAUUCCUAUUGCGUCAAGUAACUGUUCGAUAAGUAUAAAACCUGAGUAAUCACCCUUGGCGAUUAUCCACUAAAAUGACCCGGAAAUUGCACGCCUUAUCCAUUAUCUCAUAGAAUUCAAAAUGUUGUAUAUAACAAUAUAUACACUUUAUUCAGAUUAUGUACGAUAUAUCCUGAACCUAUGUAUCGCAAUUGUGUGAUUAAACUAUACAAAAAUUAUGUAACUCAAAUAUAGUUUACAUAACUGUUUUGAGUAUAAAAUGUAAAACGAGUAGAAUAAUUAGUUUUACUCUUUAGAAGUUCGACUGUACAUAAAUUAUUUUGAAAUUCAUCUAAGAGCAAGAUUACGUUUCAGCAUUUAAUGUCUAUAAAAAUAAAUUUCCCGUACGAUUCCUUUAAAA